UGGUGCUUUUCUAGAAGUGAUGUUCAGCCUGGUGCUUUUCUAGAAGUGAUGUUCAGCCUGGUGCUUUUCCAGAAGGUUCAUUCAGUCUAGUGUUUUUCCAGAGGGAUGUUCAGCCUGGUGUUUUCCCAAAAGGGAUGUUCAGCCUGGUGCUUUUCCAGAAGGAUCGUUCAGCCUGGCGCUUUUCCAGAGAGCCCUGAAGAACUUUUGCAAAUUUUCCCUUGCUAACAUGACACUUUUGGACCUUACUGUCACUUUUCAGAAGGGGUGGAAUGACCAAGUGUCUUCCACCCAGGCAGGCAGUGAAGCCUGACCUGUCCUUGGGGUGUCCUUGGGGUGUCCUUGGGGAGCUUGGCCUGCUGCUAAGCCUUUGUAAAGGUGGUAGCUUUUUUGUUGCACCAGGAACUCUUCUAAAUGACCCUGGGAGAUAGAAAAUGACCCCGGCAGUUAGGAAAUGACCUCUUACAAAGAAAAGCUGUUGGUUUGUUGUUUUGGUUUGUUUUGUUGUUUUUUGGGUUUUGUUUUUUUUUUUUUUAACGUAGCUAUCAUGAGCUUAAGGUGCAACUCCAUAGCUGGAAUUCCUCAGCACACCAAUCUGGAAACGCAAUCCUUAGCAAGCAUGAAAGUCACAGCCACAUGGAGGGAGGUGCCACAGGAGUGAUCAGCACACAUCUGUUAAUUGGAGGGCACACGUGACGAGGGACAGCAGGGUGGCAGCGUGGCUGGGCUCUGACACAGCGUGGUCCUUUUAACUCUGGUGAUGACAGAGCCACCAGCACUGCCACCACCAGCCUGGUCAGACACACCAGUGGGCUCUGCCUGGCACAAGAUGUGGCUGUUUAUUGCAAUCCUGUUUUUCGUACAAGCACCCGUGAACUCCGAAGAUGCCAUCAAGCAGAAAAAGGCUCUAAAUCCCGAGAGUCUCAUGAACAUUAGCCAAAUCAUCUGCCACAGAGGGUACCCCAGUGAGGAGUAUGACGUCCUGACUCGUGAUGGCUACUACAUCCACCUGAACAGAAUUCCUCAUGGAAGAGAAAAGCCGAAGAACAGAGGGCCCAAGCCAGUCGUGUUUCUCCAGCAUGGGAUACUUGGAGAAGGCAGCCACUGGGUGGAAAAUCUGGCUAACAACAGCCUUGGCUUCAUACUAGCAGACUCUGGCUAUGACGUGUGGCUGGGAAACAGCCGGGGGACGAGCUGGUCCCGAAGACACCAGCACCUCUCAGCUGACCAGGUGGAAUUCUGGGAUUUCAGCUUCCAUGAGAUGGCAAUGUAUGACCUCCCGGCUGCCAUUGACUUUGUGCUGCAGAAAACAGGGCAGAAGCAGCUCCACUACAUUGGCUACUCGCAGGGCAGCUCAAUUGCAUUUAUUGCGUUUUCAUCCAUGCCCGAACUGGCUCAGAAAGUCAAAAUGUUUUUUGCCCUGGCUCCAGUAUUGGUACCCAAGCACUCCAGAAGUCCAUUCAUGAAGAUGCAGCUCCUCCUGGACAACAAGCUCAAGAUGAUUCCGCUGCUGCUCGGCAGAACGGACGCGUCCCUGCGGGUGAGGAAGCUGUGGCGGUUCCUCCCGGAGCUGUGCAGGCACACGCUGCUGCACAGGCCCUGUGCCAACCUCCUCUUCCUGCUGGGUGGCUACAAUGAGAAGAACCUCAACACGACACGGCUGGAUGUGUACACAUCCCACUAUCCGGAUGGCACCUCUGUCAAAAACAUCAUCCACUGGGCACAGGUGAUAAAAUCUGGAGAAUUCAAAGCCUUUGACUAUGGCAGUGAGAACCCAGCCAGGUACCACCAGAACACACCGCCCUUGUACCGCGUGGAGGAGAUGCCGGUGCCCACCGCGGUGUGGUCGGGAGGGCAGGACUGGGCGGCUGACUGGAGGGACGUCCUCCUGCUGCUGCCCCGCAUCACCCACCUCGUCACCUACACCCACAUCCCCGACUGGAACCACUGGGACUUUGUCUGGGGCCUGGACGCCCCUGGGCGCCUCUACAGCAGCAUCCUGAGGCUGAUGGAGGGGUCCCGGUAG